AUGGCCUCAACCGGAUCUAGUAGAUCGACUGACACGUCGAAUGCCGCAUCGAAACCCGACGUUAACAGCUUGCCUCCCGAAACCAUCGCAUUUGCUCAUCGUAUGUUCGAUGCUGCGAGGUCAGGCGAUUCAAACCUCGUUUUAACUGCGGUCGAUGCGGGCCUUCCAUCAAACCUAACGAAUGAAAAAGGCAAUACUUUAUUGAUGCUCGCGGCCUAUGCAGGGCAUACAGAACUCGCGAAAGGUCUACUUGACCGAGGCGGAGACCCUAACAGAAUCAACGACCUUGGACAAUCAAUGAUAGCAGGAGCCGUCUUCAAAGCUCACAAUGACAUUGUCCACGCUCUCAUGACAAAAGGAGCAGAUCCUCGCCUGGGCACUCCAAAUGCGAUUCAAACAGCACACAUGUUUGGCCGCAAGGACUUGAUGGAGGUCUUAGGUGCCCGUGACGAAGAUUUGAAAGACGUUCCCGGCCCUUUCCCCAUUUCAGGACCGUAA